GCUCUAAUAAAUUUGUUAGUCUCUAAGGUGCCACAAGUACUCCUUUUCUUCUAGCUCGACCAACGAGACCCUAAGAACUUCCUUCCUCCUGGUUAGCCGGAGCCAGGAAACACGGAGGCACCUGGAGGAAAAUGGUUCCUUACGCGUGACCCGACGGGUCUGAAGCUUUGGGUGCAGAUCUGGCCUGGCUCGUCUCUCACCCGGCCAGAUCCUAAGCUCCAGUCCCUGCCACGUAGGAAAGGAGCAUCCUAGCCAUUAGCCACCACCUCGCCAGCCACAGGCUGGGCUGUUCAGGCUUGUCCGUUACAUUCUUCUCCCCGCAAAGGGUGUCUGGUGUUUGUUUUCAUCCCCCCGCUGCAGAGAGGUGGGCCUGGCACAGAUCCAGGCUGUUUUCUUCUGAAUCCCUCCAACGCGGGCAGGGAGUUUUCUGACUCCGCUCCUGGUGAGGUCAAUUACAAAGGAUUGGACUGCGGGAGCUUAUCACUGGGCCAUCAGUUUGGCCCUCCGCUAUCGGAUGAUCAGCUUCUUUAAGAGGUAAUGGGUCCAGCCCCACCUGCCCCUCACUCAGCGCUCCUCCCCAAGUGGGGCGCAUCAUCACAGCAAGGGCCUGUAGCUAAAUCAGGCUCAGGUCUAGUGAUGUAAAAGAAGCCUGCAGCAAGCCGGAGGGAGAGAGGGUGAGCAGGCAGGGGGCUGCCUGGAGGGGAAGGAGAGAAUUCAAAGGGGGCCAGCUCAGAGAUGCUGAUCAAGGGCUGCAGCCUGCCUCUGAGAAGGAGGACCACACCCAGAGAGGCACACAGGCCCGAAGGGAGGGCUGUGGGACCCCGACCCGAGAAGGGGGACUAUGCCGAGAGAGACACACAGGCUGGAAGGGAGGGUUAUGGGACCCCUGACCACAUCCAGAGAGGCACACAGUCCCAGAGGGAGGGCUGUGGGACCCCGACCCAAGAAAGGGGACCAUGGCUUGAGAGGCACACAGGCCCGAAGGGAGGGCUGUGGGACCCCUGACCACAUCCAGAGAGGCACACAGUCCCAGAGGGAGGGCUGUGGGACCCCUGACCCGAGAAGAGGGACCAUGCCCAGAGAGGCACACAGACCGGAAGGGAGGGUUGUGGGACCCCUGACCAAACCGAGAGAGGCACAUAGGCCCAAAGGGAGGGCUGUGGGACCCAGACCCGAGAAGGGGGACCAUGCCUUGAGAAGCACACAGGCCCGAAGGGAAGGCUGUGGGACCCCUGACCACAUCCAGAGAGGCACACGGUCCCAAAGGGAAGGCUGUGGGACCGCGACCUGAGAAGGGGGACCAUGCCCAGAGAGGCACACAGUCCCAGAGGGAGGCCUGCGGGACCCCUGAAUUCAGGGGGAGUUCAAGGGGCUAAAGACGAAUUGAUCUAUUUAGCGAAUGAGGAAUUCGCAGGGGGAAUCUUAGGUUAAAGCUGUCUGGCCUGGGAGUGGCUUCUUAUAAGAACCAGACCAGGGGGAGCAGAGGAUAGCAGCUGUGAAGAAGGGGCGUCCGGAGGGAGGGUUGCCUGUCACAACUUCCAAGUGCCUUCAAGGCAGUGGGAACUGGGGGACUCAGCACCUUAUCCUCAGGACGUACCGUAUGUCCGUAGGAACAGGAGCCCUCUGCCCUGAGAGCACUUUGCCUGGGCUCUGCUGGGCAGCUGGGAGACCCCAGCAUCUCUCUGAGCCUUAGGUGGAGACAUCUCCAAAGGUCUUCCAGCGUCCUGCCUCCGACAGUCACCAGCAGCAGCUGCUUCAGAGGGUAGCGCAAGAAACCCUGCAACUACGGGGCAACCUGCCACCAUCAUGCAAAUGGUAGCCCCUCAAUUCUGCUCUGCAUUCAGUAUAAUAAGAGCAGAGAAAUUAAGAGGUGCAGACAUAUCAGGAUCGAAUCUGAUCUCACUUACCCAGUUCUAUGCCGGUGCAGUGGAUUUACCCAGGGUAAGGGGGAUCCGAAUCUUAUUCUGUGCACUGCUGCUCGCAGGCCUGGUUGACCCAGCUAUGUCGCUCAGGAGGGUGAAAAACCCACACCCGAGCGCUGGAGUUAAGCCGACCUAACCCCUGGUGUAGACAGGGCUAGGUUGACGGAAGAAAUCUUCCAUUGACCUAGCUACUGCCUCUAGGGGAGGGGGAAUACCUAUGCCAAGGGCAGGUAGUGUUUACUCUGACGCGCAGCUGUAGUGGAGAUGAGCCCUCAGUUAUACCAGAUUAAAUCUGGAGUAACUGCACUGAGGGGAGAGAAGUUACUUCACAUAUGUGCCAGCGUCACAGAGAUCAGAAUCUGGCCGUAUGUGUUUGCAACUGAGGCUUGAUCCGGGCUGCAGCACUGAUGAGCUGGAGGGGCAGGAGCUGCAGAAGGGUGGGCUCUUGCACCAUGGUUGGGGGAGAUUGUUUGGAAGGGCAGAGAGGAGGCUGGUGCUAAUAACUGGGAAGAAGGGAGAGAGACAUGCUGGAGCAAACCAGGGCCAUCUUGAGUACUCCCUGGAUUUACCUGGGCAUGUGGCCAUGAUACUGGCCUGGUGUUAAAGGGCGAGCCAGGCUCCUAUCUCUGUAUGCUGUGUUAGAUCGGUGCACCCAGGCAGCUGGCCCAGGGAGGGCAAUACAGGACAGCUCCCUCCAGCGAUGCCCUGCUCAGCACCUGUCCUUGGCGCUGCCAAGCCUGGUGCGCACUCAUGCACAGCAAACGCUCCCCAAGAAACUGGCCUGACCUGUUUGCUGUCAGCUCUCGGAGGAGAAGAGAGGAAUGCAGGUGUCCAGGAGAGGGGAGGGUACAGGCGCGACCCACAGGGGCCGGGACACAGAGACCGUUCAGCCAGUGAUCCUCUCGGCAUUACCGUGCCAGCUGCCGCACCGCCAAGAGCCCCGCUCCACCAUCUGCCGCCGGGAUGUCCCUCCUGCUGGCACUGCUCUUGCUGGCCACCACCACCUGCACCGGGAGAGGCCAAGUCAUCACCAUCGACUAUGAGCCUGCAAUCGCUCUCCUGGCGCUGGAAGGGAAUAUCACUUCUUCCACCUUCGUCCUGGAGCAGCCCCGCUGUGUCUUCAACCAGACUGUUAGCGACACCGAUGAGAUCUGGUUGGUGGUUUCCCUCAGUCGUGCGAUAUCCAGUUUCACCAGACCCACCUCCCUGCAAAGCCUCCCUGCCUUCCAGCAGUUCCCAGAGAACCCCAAUUACAUGACCAUGGGCACCUCCUCCUUAAACUACCCAUGUGAAAAGAGCUCGGGCCAGAUCACGGUGCUGCGCGUCGGGAAUGAAACCGGGUGCCUUUUGGACACAUCAAGACCCGACUGCAAUGGCCCCCUGCCUGGCCCAGGGCCCUACAGAGUGAAGUUCCUUGCGAUAAGUCCUGCAACUGGCCCCAAGGCCGAGACAAAAUGGUCAGCCCCGAUCACGCUGAAAACAGGGAAGGACCCUGUCCCCAUUGACACCUGGCCCGGAAGGCGCAGCGGUGGUAUGAUUGUCAUCACCACCAUCCUCUCCAUCCUCCUGGCCAUCCUACUGGCCUGCUUUAUCGCCGCGCUGGUCUAUGGAUGCAGUUCGAACCUUUCCGAGCACGCGGAGAUAAUGGGCAAGCAGGACCCGGUGACGGUGAAGCAAUACAACACCCACCAUAUCUACGACCAGUCUGCUUCCAAGAACUGAGGCCCUCCAGCGAGACAGCCACCCCCUGCUGCAACCCCGUUCCAUCAGCCGGGAGCUCCUCGGCCGCCUCCCCGGCAGAGCCUGUGUGUGCCAUGAACAGCGCCAGGAGAGGAGGGGACCCAGGGGCAGUGAGUGGAACUCCGCAGUAAUAAUGCUCCAAAUACUCCAGUCCCAAGCUGUGGACUCAGAACCAAGUCCUCCUCCUAGUUCUGAUCCUCCGAUCACCCCUGAUCUCCCAGGGUUGGGGUUGGGGAUUUGACGUUGGCGUCCGUCCCUUGGGCUUGGGCGCCCUUGAGAGGGUUAGUUUGUCCCUGAGAUGUGGUGAUGUUUCCAGGGUCCGGGCUAUCCCCUCUGCUCCGAGUGGGUCGGGGCGAUGGUGAUUCCUCCUGAACUGCAGCACCGGUGAGAUCCUUCAUGGCUGGAGGAUGCUGGGUCUGAGGAUUCCCCGCCCCCCGACCUCACUUUAACGUACCCAGCCCUGACUGCUCCAUGCACAGACAGGAACAGUCACCAUCCCUCCAGCCUUGACCCACUGGACAUGGACCCCCUUCAGAUCCCUAAACCCCACCCCUUCCCGAGCUGGAGAGGUCACUGCUGAGUGUCCUGCAGCUCUCCUAAGACUUAGCCCUGUGUCGAGAACCCAGUAGCCUGGAACCAGGGUUAUUUCUAAGCGGGUGGUACUUGAACACAGGGUGCAGUGGCCACCUGUGGGUCUCUGGCUGCAGAGGGCUCAUCCUCCGGGAUGGAGCGCCACUCCUAAUCCCCAGUCAGCCACAUUCCCUGGCUGCCCCAAUGUCUGCUGGGGCCCACGUCCGUGCCACCAAUUUUGGUGCACCACUUCCCAUCCGAGACCGCUAGCCCGCCUGGACUGGGUAUGGUCCUGUGUGAUCAGACAGAAGCUCAGCCCAGACAAUAAGGAUCCCCUUGCAGAGCUGUAGGCAGAUCCCAUUCCAGCAUGGAAAUCCAGACUGGGAGAUAACGCAGGCUCCCACAGGUGAGGUGCAUUAACUCCCCCAAUUAAUUGUUAGCAAUAAAGUGGGGAGGCUUCCCCUGGUUGUCGAGCCUCUGGGAAUAACGGAGAAGCCGGACUGGAUUUCCAUGUGCUAUGGGAAUGGAUUUUGCCUGCAGUUUAUAGGAUCCUCAGCAAGCUACCUUAAUCCCCAUGGGUGUGGUUCAAAGGAACCUCAGGAAGUUAGUUACCCUGCACCCUGGAAUUUCACUGUGUCUCAGGCCCCUCACUCUUCUCUGUGCUUUUGGAAAUCCCAGCCAGUGUUCCCAGGGAGGCAGAGGCCAGGCCUGUGCAGCAGGGACAUUCACCAUUUUCUUUUUCAAAUGAACAAUUAAAACGGAUUGUCAUGAAGACAAGUUUUGCUGUGAUUCGUCGCUCAUUGAGUGCAAUCAGCCUCAGAGCCAGCUCAGUCCAC